CCUUUGAUUAGAGGCCCAUGAGGUCCUACUAGCAGGUGACCUGGUGCCAUUUCAUCUGGUGCCCUGGAGGUCUUUUCCAUUUCAAGGGGCUUGGAAUCUGGAAAAUAUCUUUAUUUCUUAUGUUAGAAAUUGAAGCAAGCAUUCGUAUCCCUUGAGCCUAGGCCUUUUUGUUCCUUGGCUGGUCUGGCUGUGCCUUGGGUAGAUAUGACCUCUGGUGUUUCAUGCUUUCAUCUGAACUGACAAGAGGGAUGCGGGCUUCAAAAAAUCAUUAUGGGGGGCACCUGGGUGACUCACUUGGUUAAAUGUCGGACUCUUGAUUUCAGCUCAGGUCAUGAUCUCGAGGUUCGUGAGGUCAAGCCCCGCAUCGGGCUCUGCGCUGACAGUGUGGAGCCUGCUUGGGAUUUUCUCUCUCUUCCUCUCUCUGCCCCUGCCCCUGCCCCUGCCCCUGCUGUGUGUGCUCUCUCUCUCGCUCUGUCUCAAAAAAAAAAAAAAAAAAAAAAAAUUAUUAUCCCCGUUUGGCAGUAUUUCCUUAGGGUGGGUACUACUGGGUCUAGAGAGGAGACCGUGGGUCUAGCAUCAUGGCAUCUUUGGUGCUCGGUACCAGGUGCGUGUUGCCAAGAAGGACCGCACGGGUCACCCACUCAGCCGUGUGGGUUGGCAGGCGAAAGUGUCUCCUCUCCUAGGCCUUGCUGACAUAGGGAACUGCGAUCAGGCCUCCUUGCUGAUGGAAGAUAUAAGCUGAUGUUUUCAAAGCCCAUUUCAAAUAAGGUGGUCAGAAGUGAGCCCCACAGGUGUCUGGGGACACGCUGUCCAGGCCUCAGAACAGCCUGAGAGAAGCCAAAGGCAGCCACGUGAUUGGCUUGUUUGCAGGCCGGUGGGUCCUCAUCACAUCUACCUUUCUAAUCAAUGCUGUCUAGACCUGUCCCCUAUGGAAAAUAGAAGCAUGAUUGAGGACAAAUAGAUCUGGAGUUGUUGAAGUUGGUAGAAUCAUCUGUGGGUAAGUAGGGCCCUGCUUUCCCAGCUGCAAGAUCAAAACUCGGUUGCCAAGCAAGUUCCUGCAGUGUUUACCCAGUGAAGGGAAAACACUGAACCUUCCCCUUUAGCCACUGCCUUCCCCUGUUACCUUUCAGCCUUUGUUUGCUUUCUGAUGGUUUCCAAAUCUCUGAAGCUUCUAGAAAUUUCUUCCUGGACUUCUUUGCUUGUUACAGCCCCACCUAUGCCAAUUCCCUUUGCUUGUUGAAAUCUGUUUUCUGUUUCUGCUGGAGAACUUCACUGCACCGGGAAGUCUGACUUCUGAGCUAUUUACGUCCUUGAGGCCCAACUUAAAUAUCUCCAAUGGCUAACGAGGCUCAUCCUUGUCUGUGUGACAUUGGCCAUAAGAUAGAGUAUGGAGGGAUGGGGCGCGAAGUUCAAGUCGAGCACAUCAAGGCUUAUGUCACCAAACCCCCCUUCGACACGGGCAAGGCUGUGAUCGUCAUUCAAGACAUAUUUGGCUGGCAGUUGCCCAAUAGCAGAUACAUGACUGACAUGAUCGCAGGAAAUGGAUACACAGCCAUCCUUCCAGACUUCUUUGUGGGGCAAGAACCCUGGCAGCCUUCUGGGGACUGGUCCACCUUCCCGGACUGGUUGAAAACAAGAGACGCCAGAAAGAUCGACAGAGAGGUCGAUGCUGUCUUGAGGUUUCUGAAACAGCAGUGUCACGCCCAGAAAAUCGGCGUCGUGGGAUUCUGCUGGGGCGGAGUGGCUGUCCAUCACGUGAUGAUGAAAUACCCAGAAUUCAGGGCAGGGGUGUCCGUCUACGGCAUCAUCAAGGAUUCUGAAGAUGUGCACAGUUUGAAGAACCCCACGUUGUUCAUUUUUGCCGAAAAUGAUGCUGUGAUUCCUCUUGAGCAAGUCUCUUUGCUGACCCAGAAGUUGAAAAAACACUGCAAAGUGGAAUAUCAAAUUAAAACAUUUUCUGGGCAAACCCAUGGCUUCGUGCAUCGAAAGAGAGAAGAUUGUUCAGCCGAGGACAAGCCCUAUGUUGACGAGGCAAGAAGGAAUUUAAUUGAGUGGCUGCACAAGUACGUUUAGCAGGGGCCAAGGGUACACUUUCUCAGAAUAGCUCGCAUGCAGAAAUUUGCUUUGGGAUACUUGGGUCGUUUAAUUUUUACUAUCUUGAUAUAAAAUAAAUCCAGGAAUCCUGAAAUUCAUUAUUCCAUCUCAAACAUAAAUGCAGUAGGAAAUGUUAAUGCAUGAUACGAUUUAAUUUUGAACACAUACACUAGGGGAAAAACAGGUCAGUACCUGAAGAAUUUGAAUGGUAGAGUUACCAUCCUGUUGGCAAAAACCUAGGGCUGCUUAUGGACCAGCUGACAGCUCAGCCAUGGACUUCGUGGUUCUUCAUUAAGUACAUUCUUUAAAACGAUGGGUGUGGCAGAGCCAUGAAGAGCAUGAAUUGUAAACUCAGAUUCAAAGCCCAGCUUCCUUGGGCAUUUGUCUGUCUUAACACGGAUGAGUCGGUCAUGUUCGUGGAUUGCACUGGGAGAAAUACUGAGGCUAAAAUAGGGUUUCGUUGACCUAAUUAUAUUGAGCCAAUAAACUUACUUUCUGAAUGCGUGGCUUUUUCUAAAAGCUAAUAAAGAACAAUGGAUUAGAGUG